UAUACUAAUCACGGGCCUCAGCAAAAACCAUCGCCGUUGCUACCUCUCACCUCACCGGCCACCGCAUCGCGAGUCGCGACUCGUACCCACCCCAACUUCUGCUCCCCGCCCCCCUCUUCGCGGCGAUGGCGUCCGGGAACAGCGGCAAGCAGAGGAGCGAGGAGGAAUGGCGCGCCAUCCUCUCCCCCGAGCAGUUCCGCAUCCUCCGCCUCAAGGGCACCGAGUUACCCGGCACAGGAGAGUACAACAAAUUUAAAGCUGACGGGGUUUAUAACUGUGUUGGCUGCGGAACCCCCCUGUACAAGUCGGACACCAAAUUCGACUCAGGUUGCGGCUGGCCAGCGUUCUUUGAGGGGCUUCCAGGAGCCAUAAACCGAACACCGGAUCCUGAUGGUCGGAGGGUAGAGAUCACGUGCGCAGCGUGCGGCGGGCAUCUGGGCCAUGUGUUCAAGGGAGAAGGCUUCAAGACGCCCACGGAUGAGCGCCACUGCGUGAACAGUGUCUCAAUCAAGUUCACUCCUGCCUCCUAAAUCAUCGUCUCUAGAUUAGCACUCGCAUGUCUGGAACUGGAAGCACUACAGAACGUUGAAUAAGAUCUGUAUCCAGCACAUAUGUGUGUGCGUGUCACCUGUUACUUUGGCUGUGAGCUGAAUCUGCUGUCAUAAUAAGUUAUUACUGCAAGUGAUCUAUACAUCUACAUCAACUGCUCUAAUA